AUGGAAAACACUGGUGACUGUCCGUUCGAGGCCACACACUCUCAAGUCUCAUCUGAAUCGUCAUCAACCCGCACCAAACCCCAUGAGGACAAAAGUUCUACGACAACAAACUCUACAUCGCAUCCCCAAAGCCUUCCUACCAUGGUUCAAGAAACCCCAGAGCUAUCUAGGUUGGAGCAACUCCCCCCAGAGCUCCGCCUCUCUAUCCUAGCCACACUGGAUUUGGACCAACUAAAGAACUUGAUCAAGGCCUGCCCAACAUUUUACCAACAAUAUCAGCACGACCGCAAGUUCAUCUUGGGCAGCGCCUUGCACACAACACUGGGGCCACUCGCUGUUGAUGCCUACGCUGUCCACCUGACCAGCCCGGCCAAGUUCGACCGCUUCCAUCCUAAAGAUGCCAUUCCCCGAUUUCUCAAAGACUACCAACGACUCCGCUCCUCGCUGGACUUUUCAUUACUAGAAAAGGGUUUAACUGGAAAUGACUUGAGCGAUUUGGCCACGUUUUAUCUAGUCGUCGUUCGGCCGUUUAUGAAAAUGUACAAAGACUGGGCAUUUGCCAACAUCGCAAACGAAUUCAAAAAGUCCAACCCAGCAGCCGAAAACCCUCCUCUGAGUCGCACCGAGGAAAUAAGAAUAAUGCGAGCCUUGUAUCGUUUCCAGCUCUGGUGUAACCUUUUUGGCCGUUCCGAGUCUGAUUUCGACGAGGUUCGCAUACUAGACAUGUUCUUCGGUCACUACGAGCCAUGGGAAGUGGAGGAAAUCAACAGCGUUCACCUUUUUGCCAAGGAUGGGUUUCGUACCGACCUAUACUGGAAUAUUGACGUCAGCAAUGAUCGUAUCUUUGUUGCGGAUGGGCUUUUUUACAUCGAACUUGAGUCCACUGGGAGCAGACACGAGGAGCCAGGUGGAAAAGAGGGUGUGAAAGUUGAAUGUAUCUUUCAUAGGCGUGAAAUAUUGCCCACGCCGUCUACCCAGCUCAAUGCGCUCUACACCAGCCUUUUUAACACUCUAAACCCAUGCGAGUACUACCGUGACAGCCUCCUUGAUAGUGUCUUAAGUAAGGAUACACAGCUUGAUCGGCGAAUUCAUUAUCCGUCGCCUCGAGAUCAGCGAGAGCGGGACGAAGAACCAUUCCUUUUCAAGGGUGAUGACCCAGCUCAACCAUCGGUUGCUUGGACACAGACAUGGAGGGACGAGUACAGUAACCUUUUUGGGGCCUUCAUACCGGACAGGAUUCCGGAAUAG